AUGUCUGAGAUCGCUCCACUUAUGAGGCUUCGCAUUAUCGUUCUUUGGAUUCAGGGAAGUCCACAACGUAGGCAAAUCUGGUAUUCGACCUGCAUCCGGCUUGGGUUGCCGACUAAGUUUAUUGAAUAUGAUGUGGAGACCAGAUGGAAUUCAACAAAUCGUAUGUUGGAUGAUGCCUUGGAGUCAAAGCUACAGCUACAGGAUUUCAUCAAAUUUGAGACUCCCUUCUUCAUGUUUUUAGAGGAAGACUGGAUUUGGCUCUCUCACCUUCAUCAUGUUCUUGCGAAAUUAGAUCGCUUUACUGCUUUUGUCUCAAAACGGCAGCCACAUAUCAGUUUUACUGUUCCAGUCUAUUAUGGACUUGAUGAUCUUCUUCAUAAUGUGGCUAGUCGUCAAGAGGGUUUCGAAGGUCUUCCUAGGGAUAUUGCAGGUGCUGUGGAGAAUAGUAUCCAGAAAUAUAAGAAGUACUACUAUUAUAUGGAUGCUACAGACCUCUACUACAUUGCUCUACUUCUAGAUCCUAGGAUCAAAGGGUCACUUCUUAAGAAGCAUUUGCUACCUAAUGAGCCUGAGGUUGCAAUGAAUAUUAUUCAAGCAAUCCGUGAGAAGCUUGAAUGUAGCUAUCCUCCUGCUACAUCAAGUGAUGACUUGAUCAGGGGACAGCCUCAGCCUAAGAAGCAAAGAGUGGACUCAAUGGAGUAUGAGGAUAAUGAUAUCCAUGGACUUCUCGAAAGAGCUAUAGCAGCUGAAGACGCCGACCAGUCUGAGUUUGAUCGCUAUUUUGAUGCUCCACAGGUUCGGGAUAGGGAUAGUCUAUCAAAUCCGGCAUGGCUAUGCGAUUGGUGGGGGGCUCAUAAGCAUGAUUUUCCUCGGCUAGCUGCUGCUGCUAGAGAUUAUCUAGCAAUACCAGCUUCUGAGGUUUCAGUUGAAAGACUUUUUAAUCGUGGGAGGGAUGUUCUUGCAAUUCGAAGACAUCGUAUGUCAGGUGAGACGAUGAGAAUUCUGAUGCUAUUAGAUGAUAUUGGGCAGUCACACUGA